CGCCAUUGGAAGAACUUAUUCUAUUUAUAAAUUUCUAUUUCGAAAAUUUCCUGUUCUAUUGCGCUAAAUAAAAAAUUUAUGGAUUUUCUUUAUCAAUAUUUCGGGUAAAAUAUACACAUCGUUUUAAGUUAUAUUGAAAUUAGCAACAGUUUGGACAUAGAAAGGUGGAUGAAAGUGAUCUAAAGCUCAAACGUUGGGAGUCUAUAUUGAGCAAAAAAGUUUAAUUAACUGCCGUAGUGUGCAUAAACUGCAGGAUCAAAUUGUCUGGAGGUACCAAAUAUACACAUAAUUCAAGUUACAGUAGUCAGGACUCAGAGUAGAGAAUUCUUAGGAAGGAUAAAUUCAAAGUUCAACUUAUCUUAAGCAGAUAAUAUUCCCAACAUCUUAUAAAGUGCACAGAAAUGGGUGAUAAAUACCUCAACGUAUUAUCCCUCAAUAGUUUGGGGAAUGGUUUCCAAGUAAAUAUGAAUAAUGACCGACUACGAGAAUCAGAAGAUGAUAAUUUUAUUUACACAACACUAUUAAACCGGGUCAAUACCUUGGUUAAACGUUGCGCCGAUACGUUGGACAUUCAGGAGAAUUUGGAGGUACCUAAAGAUGCUAAUCUCACGAAUGUAUUUACGAUCCUUGAGGAUUAUUUAGAGCAAGUCUUCCGAGCUUAUUCAAAAGUCAGUCAACAAGUAGAAAGUCUAAGGGAUGAAAACAGUAAGAUAAAGGCUGACAAUACUGCCAAAAUAAAACUCAUCGCUGAGAUUGAAAGUAGACUCUCGGCAAGUAAGAAGCAACUAGAUAUGUUACGAUCUGGGAACAUUAUUCUCGAACAGCGCAGUGACACUUUCAGGAAGCAGAUAGAGAAGUACAAAAAGGAUAUGAGGCGUCUAAAUAAAGAACAUGAUAAGACAAAGUUAGAGUUAUCAGGGGUUCGAAAGAAGCAUGACCAAAUAAAACGGGAAUAUAGUGAAAAAAUUGAUGAGUUAACUGUUGAAAACCUAACUUUUGAAGCAGAGUUAAUCGAGGCCCAACGAGCCAUUAAAACACUUUCAGAGGAACAGACGGACCUUGAGAAACGUAUUCAGUCUCAUGAAAAAAGGUCCUCGGAACUGAUGAUAAGACUCCAGGAGAAGACUACCAAAAUUAGUGGGCUCGAGGAGAUCAAUGAAAAACUGCUUUCCACUAUGACAAUGCAAAUUCAACGAAUUCGACUUUAUGACAACGAAAAUGCGGCCGAUGAUGAACCAGUCCAGCUGUUGGAAGCAGGAAAGAUAAAACUCCAACAAGACUUUGAAAGCCAAAUGAAGCAUUACAUCAAAGAAGAAAUUAGGUCUCUGAAUGAAGAAGUAGCUAAAGAAGAGACCGAGCGUAAGCAGCUAGUUCCCAAGAGCAGUCAUCUUGAAACUGAAUUAGCUGCUGCCAAAGAAAAGAUUCACGAGCUUACCACAGAACUAUCCGAGGCUAUAAAGAGCCGUGAUUAUCUAAAGCACCAAAUUACAAAUAUGGAGUUCAUCCUGUCGAAAAACCAAGUUAAUUUACAAGGGCAAGAACUAAAUAGUUCAGAAGAAAACAGGUCCAGUAUUGAGGCCGAAAAGUAUAGUCUGAAUCAGAAAGUUAACAAUGAAAUUCGAGCCUUACUGAAAUUCGCAUGUACUAGUCAGGAUGGCGGCAGAGGCGACGAAUUGCUCCCCGAUACAUUGGAAGAUCCAAUUCAAUACCUCCAAGAAAAAUUAACUUCACUUCUCUCCACCAAUGCACACCUAACGAAAACAGACAAGGAUUUACGUGAAGUCAUCUAUGAACUUGAAAAUCAAGGAGCCGACCUUCGGCAAUCAAAUGAUGAGUUAAAAGAUCUUUGCCAAACGCUGAAAAGUGAAAUUAUACAGUCCGAACGCAAGAUUCAAAGUUUGAAAGCUGAAAAUUUCAGCUUGUCAGCUACAACCAUCAAACUCACUAGGAAAAUCGAAGAAUUGCAAAACGAUAAUGCUGAACUGGUUCAGACGAACGCUGAUGUUGAUACACAAACCCAGAACCUUUCUGAGAAUAUCAGUUCAAUCUGUUCGGAGAGAGACAAACUUGUGAAUGAAAUUACUAUUCUGGAGGACAGAGCAAAAGAAUUGGAGUACAUGCUGAUGGAGAAGCAGAACGAAAUUAAGGAUCAUAUAACAGUGGAGACUGAACUGAAAAGCAAAUUGAGCGAGUUGGAGAAAUAUAUCAUGCAAUUGGCUGAAAAUCGUACAACAUUGCAGAGACAUCUCGAGGAAAGCGAAUCAUAUGCUUCUUCUCUGAAACAGGAAAAGGAUCGUCUCAACGAGGAGCUGUUCAAUAUUUCACAGUCAAGUAAUCAGAAAGCAACUAUAAUUGAGACUCUAGAAUCGGAACGUGCUGAACUACUAGCGCAAAUUGAAGAGCACUCCAAGGAGCUUGUUAGUAUGAGACAUUUAGAAGAACAGUUGAUUGUAUUCCAGGAGCAAAUCAGUUCUUUGAAGCUUUCACUGGACGAAAAAGAAGCAGCGCAGCAAGCGGAUUUGGCACAAAUCAGACAUUUAACUGACCUAUUAAGGACGUUGCAGCCAAAACAGGAGCACUUAGAGGAAGUAGCUGUUGCGCGACAGGAGCAAAUCAAAGAACUUGAAAACAAAAUUGCUAGCAUUGAAGCUUCCCUUGAAGACAGUGUGAAUACCAAUCUAGAGUGGCAACAUGCUAUGCAAGUGGCAGAAGUGGAGUGCUGCGAUUUUACCGAAAAGAACAAACAAACUAUUCAAGAAUUCCAGAAUCGCAUUGAGUUUCUAGAAAAGGAAAAAGUCGUUCUGAAAAGCGCCAAUCAAGGCCUCUUGGAAAACUUCAUAAAAAUGGGUGCAACUUUGCGGCAGACUCAAUCCAUAAACAAUAAAUUGCUGGCUCAAGUUGAACAAGCAGCACAAUUGGUAGACCAUGAAAAGGAUUAUGUGAAUCUCCAAAUGAGAUAUGUUGGAAUCUGCGCCGAGAAAGAGAAGCUGGAAGCCGCCAAGAUGCAAUUGGAAAAAACAUGUGAAAAAUUGUAUAAGCGAAUUGACAUGCUUACAAUGCAAUCACAAAAUCUGCAGGACACUGCGGACAACUUAGCAAACUGCAAUGACAAAUCGCGAGCAGAGAUCGAAACACUGUACAAGACUUUCGUCCGAUAUAAGUCACAGAGCGAAGAUCUCCAAAAACAGUUGGACGCGACCCAACGUGAGUUGAGAGCUGCGAAUAAUGUUAUAGCGAAUAUUGAAGAUUUACAUGAGAAGCAGGUUGCCAGAAAUGCCGUCUUGGAAGAUGAAAUACAAUGCCUUCGCCAUGAGAUCGAAGAUGCGCUUCCCCAGUAUCAGCAAAACUCAAGCAGAACAAGUGAAGAUAUCGAAACCUAUAGGAGUUUAUAUGAUGAAGAAGUGGCUAAGAAUAUAUCCCUGAGCAGUGAAAUUCAGCAACUUCGAAUAAGGCUUGACAAUAAGAACUUGGAAGUGGAUGAUCAGUCUCAAUUUCUAAGGCAAGUUGAAUCCGAUCUAGAAAGCAAAUUGGAGCUUAUUCGAAAACUGAACAUUGAUCUUUACGACAUUAAAGAAGAGAAUGAGAAGCUUCACCAAGAAAAUAGUCGUCUUCAAGGAAAAAUUGAUUCCUUGACCUCAAUUGAAGUGAAAUUGAUAGAAACUCAGAAUCUACUGGAUACCAUGGCACGUGAAAGUCAAGAAUUCAAUUCAGAUAUUGCUGGUCUUAUUACCUCAAGAGAGAGUCUUAAAACGUCAGUGAACGCACUGACCAACGUUAAGCAUGAACUGGAGCAAAAAGUUGAAAAAGUAUCAUCAGAACUAGAGAAAGCAAAUAUUUCUGUCGACAAAAUCCAAAUAGAUAACAUGGACCUACAGCGGGAAAAUACCAAACUGAAGGCUAUUGUCAAGAAUUUAUAUCAAGUAUGCAUUCCUUAUAAGCACAGAGAAUCGGGUGAUUCGGGAGAUAAUUUCGAUGAAAUGAAAUCUGAUCAACUGCUGAAGAACGUUCUUGAGCUUCGUAGCACCAAUGAGGAAUUAGAAGAUAAACUCAAUAAAUUAACAUCUGAUCUUAAGGAUAGUCACGAUGAAAAUGUGGAACUAACAGAUCGCAUUUCCGGGGUCUCGUCAACUCUUCAAAGCCUCGAGAAACGUAAUCUUGAGUUAUUAAAAGAUUUGGAAGACCUACAAAUCAAUUACGAUACAUUAUCUACUCAGAAAGAAGCCCUACAAAACGAGAACCUCAAGAUCACUUCCAACAUCAACGCAUUAGAAAUGCGUCGAAACGAAAUGAUCCGUCAUCAUAUUUCCUCGAAUGACCAACUCAGCGAAAAGGUUCGAGAGUUUGAAGCACUAAAGAAGGAGUUGGAGUCUAUUAAAAGUGAAAAAGAUAGACACUUGCUUGAGUGCAGUGAGAAAUUAGCUCAACUUGAAAGAGAAAGGAAGGAGCACCAGGAAAAGUUGACUAAGGAGCAGGAGCAAAGCGAGCAACUCAAGAAUGAUGUAGCCAUUUUACAGGCUAAGCUUAUGAAAAGCCGUCAAUUAACUGAAGAACGAGAAAGGCAAUGGGAGGUAGAACGUGAAAAGCUUGCAUCAAAACUUCAGACUAAUGAGAAAAGGAUAAAGGACUAUAAGUUCGAACUGAAAAAUCGAUUUGAAAAUAUGAGAGAUAAGGCGACGCAAAGCCCAUCUGAAAAUCUUCCAAGAAUGGACCUCAUCAAUGCAUUCCUUCAAAGGCAAGGCAAAAUAGCCGAGGCGUGCGCAUCCUUACGUCUACUCUCGCAAACCGAUACACGAAUCGAUAGUUUCGAUCCAUGCCAGUUCCUUGACUGGAGGCAGCGAUGGCAGCGAGCUUUCAAAUAUCCAUUUGUAAUGGUUGUUUUUAACAUAAUUCUUACAGUUCUCGUUAAAUAUGCAUUAUCCAAAAAUGAUUUAGAAAUUAUUAUAAGACGUACUGUGCCAGCAUCAUCAAUGCUUUGCGAUGCAGACUGAAGCAUUGGUUUGAAAAUCAUUUAUUUAUGUAUGUAUGUUUUAAUAUUUUUAAUUAUUUUUUUUGGAGUGGAAGUAAAAUAAAUGCUG